CUCCUCGUUAGCACAAGCUGUGAACAAGAUCAACAUAUUCCGAUCUUGCUCGUUGUACCCACGACAUGAGGUGCAACUAAUUUCAAACCUCCACUCUUUGUCAUUCAUCCGCCAUGGCGCCCACAUCGAAAGCCACCUCGAAUAGCAAAUGGACGGAACAGUACGACACACUUCGCCGUGAGGAGCUUUUCAGAAAUCCACCAAGCAAGAAGACUGCAUACCCCGAACUUGCCGAAGCCAUCCGCCCCCACGUGGACUCUUUCAACACAGUAUUCGCUGAAAAUGGCCAACUACAACAUGCGCUCAAGGACAUUGGGACGAAGACGUUCCUUGAUGGCAAUGGUCAGCAAAAUGAGGAGGGUGGGAGACGGAAUCGGCUACAGGUUCGGGUGAAGGAAGUCUUUCUUGAGAAGCCUCAAUUACCAUCGUCCAACAAGCUCGAGGGUCGGAGAGAAAUCUUGCCAGUGGAGUGCAGAGAGCGACAUGUCACAUACCGAGGGAGAUUUCGUGGGCGAUUCGAACACAGAGUCAAUGGUGGCGAGUGGAAAGAGACGGUACGAGACUUUGGUAACCUGCCAGUCAUGUUGCGGUCAAAUCGAUGCCAUCUGGAAGGACUAUCACCGAGAGAUCUGGUCAACAAGAGAGAAGAGACGGAAGAGCUGGGAGGAUACUUCAUCGUCAACGGGAUCGAGAAGCUGGUCCGAAUGUUGAUCGUCAACCGGAGGAAUUACCCAAUGGCCAUCAUCAGACCGUCGUUCGAGGGUCGAGGCGCAACAUACACAAAAUACGGCAUACAAAUCCGAUCAGUGCGACCGGAUCAGACAUCACAGACGAAUGUCCUCCACUACCUCAGUGAUGGGAAUGUGACUUUUCGAUUCUCAUGGCGAAAGAACGAGUUCCUGGUUCCGGUAUUGAUGGUGUUGAAGGCAUUGACGGAGACGAACGAUCGCGAGAUCUUCGAGGGCAUUGUUGGGCCAGCAUCAAGUAAGGGACUUGACAGCAAGCAGUUCGUCACAGAUCGUGUCGAGCUAUUGCUGAGGACAUACAAGGCAUACAACCUACACGGCAGAUCAAAAACAAGGGCAUACCUGGGAUCGAAGUUCCGCGUUGUGCUUGGUGUACCGGAGGAUCUGAGCGACGAGGCUGCUGGAACGGAAUUCUUGCGGAAAAUUGUCAUGCCGCAUCUGGGCUCUUACGAGGUGACGGAAGCCAACGAUUCGGACAAGUUCAGGAUGCUCAUCUUCAUGAUCCGGAAACUUUAUUCCCUGGUUGAAGGCGAGUGCACGAUCGAUAAUCCUGAUGCCGUCCAGAAUCAGGAGAUUCUCCUACCUGGUGCGCUUUACGGAAUGAUCAUCAAGGAGCGAAUCGAGGAAUGGCUCACGUCGAUCGGACUGAGUCUGCGGGAAUGGGGACGAUCAAACAACUGGCCUUCGUUCAAUAGUCGAGAUUUUGACAAAGACUUCAUGCCAAAGAUAAUACGAAAGACGAACGAAAACCUCGGACAAGCACUGGACUACUUUUUAUCGACCGGCAACCUGGUUUCUCCCACCGGUCUGGACCUGCAGCAAGUUUCUGGUUUCACAGUCGUGGCAGAAAAGAUCAACUUCUUCCGAUUCAUUGCUCACUUCCGCAUGGUGCAUCGUGGUAGCUUCUUUGCUCAGCUGAAGACGACCACAGUUCGAAAGCUGCUUCCGGAAAGUUGGGGCUUCCUGUGUCCUGUCCACACACCUGAUGGAUCGCCAUGUGGUCUACUGAAUCAUUUAGCACACAAAUGCAAAAUCGCAACUGAGAGCAUCGAUGCAUCAGGUGUUCCUGGUUUGAUCUCGCAGAUGGGCGUUGCCAGCGUCUCUGAUGCUACUCUCGAGGACAGUGUUUCAAUACAGCUAGACGGACGAAUACUCGGCUUCUGCUCGCCGAAGCAAGCCAAGCUCAUCGCCGACACGCUACGAUACUGGAAGGUUGAAGGAAAUCAAGGUGUCCCGACCGAGCUCGAGAUUGGCUACGUCCCGCUGUCCAUCGGCGGUCAAUAUCCCGGUGUCUACAUGUUUUCGCAAGCGGCAAGGAUGUACAGACCUGUCAAGUAUCUGCCGUUGGAGAAACUGGACUAUGUUGGACCUUUCGAACAGCCGUUCAUGUCGAUUGCUUGCACCGAGCCUGAGGUCACGUCGGGAGAUUCCACGCAUGUGGAAUUUGAUGUGACGAAUAUUCUCUCCAUCAUCGCUAAUCAGACACCCUUCUCAAACCAGAACCAGUCUCCAAGAAAUAUGUAUCAAUGUCAGAUGGGAAAGCAAACAAUGGGUACGCCAGGUACAGCACUGAAGUACAGAACCGACAACAAGUCAUACCGAUUACAGACUGGCCAGACGCCAGUUGUACGAACACCGAAGCAUAACGAGUAUGGUCUGGAUAACUUUCCCAAUGGCACCAAUGCUGUUGUGGCUGUCAUCUCAUACACCGGCUACGACAUGGACGACGCCAUGAUAAUCAACAAAUCCGCUCACGAGCGAGGCUUCGGAUAUGGUACAAUCUACAAGGCAAAGAAGAUCGAUUUGGCUGCCGAGAGCAAAGCAACACGUGGCGGGCGCGGUGGUGCAAUAACAAACAUGUUCGGUUUCGCACCUGGUGCUGUGGUCAAGUCAUCGUGGCGAGAGACAUUGGACGACGACGGCCUCGGCCGUGUCGGCGUCAAGCUACAGGAAGGAGACCCUGUGGCAUCUACAUACUCUGUUGUCAAAGAUCCACUCACCGGCGAAUACGUCAACAAGGACGGCAUCUCGCACAUCCAUCGCUACAAGGACACGGAAGCAGGCUACAUCGAAGAGAUUAAGAUGAUCGGCAACGAAGCCGGCACCAGCGACCCAUGUCAGGCCAUCAGCAUUCGCUAUCGCAUUCCUCGGUCCCCCGUCAUUGGCGACAAGUUCUCUUCCCGUCACGGUCAAAAAGGUGUCUGCUCUCAAAAGUGGCCGACCAUCGACAUGCCUUUCACUGAAUCCGGCAUGCAACCCGAUGUCAUCAUCAACCCUCACGCUUUCCCUUCCCGUAUGACAAUCGGCAUGUUCGUCGAGUCCCUCGCCGGCAAGUCCGGUGCCCUCCACGGUCUCGCACAAGACUGUACGCCUUUCAAGUUCAAGGACAAGGAAGGCGAGACGGCAGUCGAGUACUUCGGCCAUCAGCUCAAACGCGCGGGCUAUAACUACUACGGCAACGAACCGAUGUACUCAGGCAUCACAGGCGAGGAACUCGCAGCAGACAUCUACAUCGGAGUUGUCUACUACCAACGUCUGCGACACAUGGUGAACGAUAAAUUCCAGGUCCGAACGACGGGUCCUGUGACGCCUCUCACUGGCCAACCGAUCAAGGGUAGAGCAAAGGGAGGUGGUAUCCGUGUGGGAGAAAUGGAGCGCGACGCUCUGCUCGCUCACGGAACGGCGUUCUUGCUCCAAGAUCGACUGAUGAACUGCAGCGACUACACGAAAGCGAGUAUCUGCAAAGCUUGUGGGAGUUUCCUUUCGACGCAGCCGAGUGUCAACCAGUCAUUCGCGAGGAGGAGGGAAGGUGGGCGGGUGCGGUGUAGGAGGUGUAGUCGCCAGGCGUCAACGAAGGACCCGAAGAGUUUGUGCUGGGAGGAUAAGAAGGGGAAGAAAUGGGUUGGUGGGGAUGAGGUUACGACUGUUGCUGUGCCGGGUGUGUUGAAGUAUCUGGACGUGGAGUUGGCGGCGAUGGGGAUCAGGAUGAAGUUCCAGGUCGGGCCUUGA